AUAAAAUUCGUUGAAGAUGUCAGUCGCUGUGGAAGUAACAAAUAAUGAUAUUCAAAAUAUUGUUGGAAAAUUACCAAAAUCAUUCGGUGGAGUUAAUAGAUUUGAAGUAGUUCCGUUGAGUGACAGCCUCGUUGGAUUUUGGGGCGAUCAUUUCAUCCUUAAAGUUUAUAAUGAUCAACUCGUCAAGCAUGACUUCUUUCUUAAAGCUGUUCCUCGUCAUAUUGAGAGUCGAUUGGAAAUAAUUCAAGAAACUGGAUUUUUUGAACGGGAAAUGAAAAUUUACGAACAUUUCAUUCCUGGACUUCAAGUGCUGUCGUCAAUUUCUUGGUCACCAAAGAUUUAUCUAGCAAAGGAAGAUUAUUUCAUCGUUUUAGAGAACUUAAGGGAUUAUCAUCUAUAUCCAUCAAUCAUAAAUGUCUGGGAUUAUGAUCAUUUUGUUGUAGCCACAAAGACUUUGGCUGUUUUUCAUGCAUCAACUGUGAUUUAUGAAGAAAAGUUUGAACCAAUGAGUGACGAUGAAUUGAAAUUAUUAGAGGAAGUUGCAUAUCCACAAAAGGAAGGUCACAUAAGGUACAGAGGAGUACAAACUGCAAUAGCAACUUUACAAAAAUUAAUUAAACUCAUUCCAAAGUAUCAAAACUCACCAAAACUUGCCGACAUCCUUAAAGCAUUUCCAGAAGUUGUGAGAAAAAUUUUUAAAUUUGUCGAAUCAUCGAAAAAAUUCAGAAAUGUUUUGUUGCACGGAGACAUCUGGGUAAACAAUGUCAUGUUUAAGUACGAGAAUAGUAAACCAGUCGAAGCUAAGUAUAUUGACUUCCAAUUUGCUAGAUACGCGCCUCCAGCUAUGGAUCUUGUUACAUUCUUCUAUGCAUCAUCAACUGUAAAAUUUCGCGAAAAACACUUGAAGGACCUGCUUGAUAUUUAUUGCAAAACAAUCGAAAAUGAACUUAAAAUCCACAAUAUACCAACUUCAGCUCUUCCACGUGACGAGAUUUUGAAAAGUUUCAACGAAUAUAAAAUUGCUGGAUUAAUUGAGGCUGCAUUAUUUAAUCAUACGACUUUACUUCCAUCUGAUGUAGCAACAGACAUGAUGAAUUCGUCUGAGGAAUACGAGAAAUUCUUUCAAGAGUGCCGCAAAGCUAAAUGUGUUAAAGCAUUUGAAGAAUCUCAUUAUAGUGACCGAAUGACUGAAAUUCUAAGCGAAUUAAUCGAUGACUUUAUAGUUCCUUAUUUAUAAAUUUUUGAUUCUUCGAAUUUAUUCAAUCUUUUUGUAAAAAUUAUCAAUAAUUAAUGAUUAAUAAAAAAUCA